AUGGACCUUGAUAAAUCAGUAGCUAGCAUUACUCCUGCCCAGACCCGAGUUGAUAUCCUAGCAGAGUCUCUUCCAUACCUACAAAAGUUUCGAGGGAAAACCAUAGUGGUCAAGUAUGGUGGGGCAGCAAUGAAAUCUGAGUCACUUCAAGCAUCAGUAAUCAAUGACCUUGUACUUCUAUCAUGUGUAGGUAUUCGCCCUAUUUUUGUCCACGGGGGUGGUCCUGAAAUCAACCAAUGGCUUGACCGAAUUGGUCUCAAACCAAACUUUCUCAAUGGCCUUCGUGUGACUGAUGCAUCCACCAUGGAAAUAGUCACUAUGGUUCUUGUAGGGAAGGUCAAUAAACAAUUAGUCUCUCUCAUAAACAAGGCGGGGGCCACUGCUGUUGGGCUGUCCGGAUUGGAUGGCCGCCUCCUCACAGCACGUCCAUCUCCUAGAGCCGCUCAACUCGGUUUUGUGGGCGAGGUAGCUGUCGUGGACCCCACCGUUCUUCGGCCCUUAGUGGAAAGUAAUCACAUUCCUGUCAUUGCCUCAGUGGCAGCCGACGAGAAAGGACAGUCCUAUAACAUCAAUGCAGACACUGUGGCGGGGGAACUUGCAGCGGCUUUGGGUGCUGAAAAGCUUAUAUUGUUAACUGAUGUUGCAGGGAUUUUGGAAGAUAAAGAUGAUCCGAGUAGUUUAGUGAAGGAGAUUGACAUUGCCAAGGUAAGGAAGAUGGUUUCAGAAGGGAAGGUUGCUGGUGGGAUGAUCCCUAAAGUCAAUUGUUGUAUUAGGUCACUUGCUCAGGGAGUUAGAACAGCAAGUAUAAUCGACGGCAGGGUUCAACAUUCCCUAUUGCUCGAAGUUUUGACUGAUCAAGGGGCUGGAACCAUGAUCACUGGUUGAUGUUUAUCUUCUCUUUUCAUUUUUUUUAUCUUCUUUGUACCUUUCCUUUUGUUUCUUCCCUACACUUGGAGGAGCAAUAAUGGCAAGCAAUGGUGCAUGUGAUACGAUGCGAGUCUUCCUGUUGGCUGUUGGCUGUUGGUUAGUAAUUUUUAGUAAUGUACUGGAGUAUGUAGAAUGCAAUUUUGAUGCUGAAUAACAGUAGUUUGUAGCUGGA